AAAACUGAUGCUAAAUGCCCGCCGUGGCCUACCGGUACCAGGCCCUCAAGGAAGCCCUCGCCGCCGCCAUCGACCACCCCGCCGCCGCCGCCAUCGACCCCCGCCGCCCGCACGCGCUCGCCGUCGUCUCCGGCCUCGCUGCCAACGGCUACCUCGCGUCCCUCCUCGUCUCCCGCUACUCCCGCCUCGGCGACCCCGAUGCCGCGCGGGGGGUGUUCGACGCCGCCUCCGCGAUCUCCUCCGCGCCGUCGCCGCCCAAGCCGCUCCUCUACAACGCGAUGCUCCGGGGCUACCUCGCCCUGGGCCUCCCUCGCGAGGCGGCUGCGCUCUUCCGCGACAUGCCGCCCCACUGCGCGCCCGACCGCCACACGUUCCACCUUGCCGCCACGGCGUGCGCGCGCGCCUCGCCGGAGGAGGCUGAGCUUGGCCGGCGUGUCGAGAGUGCUGCUGCGGCCAGAGGGUUCGCGUCCGACCUCCUGGUUGCGACGGCCCUGAUUGGGAUGCACGCCGAGGCCGGGGACAUGGGUGCCGCGCGCAGGGUGUUCGACGGAAUGCCGAGGCCAGACGCCGUGGCGUGGAACACGGUGAUCGGUGGGUACAUCCGUGCGGGGUUCUUGGGAGAGGCCGUGGAGAUGUUCAACUGGAUGAGCUCUGUGGACGGGGUGUGGCCGUCCGAGGCAACUAUUGUGAGCUUGAUAUCUGGUUAUGCAGGUUUCGGUUCUUGGAAGGGCCGUGGUAUGAUGCACGCCGUAGUGGUUAAGCGUGGCUUCCACCGCAGCCUCUUCGCUUCCAAUGCUCUCCUGGAGCUGUAUGCCAAGUUCGGCUGUUUGAGCAAGGCUGUGAUGUUGUUUCGUCAGAUGGCGGUGAAGGAUUCCGUCACUUGGAGUUCGGUGAUUGGUGGUCUUUUUCGGAAUGGGAAAUCAGGUUAUGCUCUGAAACUUUUCCACUGGAUGGUCUCGAAUUCGGCAGUGCUGGUCACUAGGUCGAUCUUGCUCAAUGUGAUUCUGGCCUGCACUGAGUUGGGGGACUGGAGGGAAGGAAAAUGGAUCGAAGAAAACUAUGUGCUGUGUAGUGGCAGUGAAUUCAAGAGAGAUCCCUCUGUACUAACCACGCUGAUAUAUAUGUAUGCAAAGUGUGGGAAGUUAGAUUCGUCUGCGGACCUUCUACAUGGAGUUGCAGAGGUUAGAGGUGAUGUUGUUGCAUGGAAUGCUAUGAUCAAAGGCUGUGGAGAGCUGGGACAAGUGGAAAAGGCAAUUAUAUUUGCAGUAGAGAUGCAGAGGAUUGGCAUUGAUCCGGAUGUUGUUACAUUCUUGGAGAUCCUACCUAUGAUCUCGGUGAUCCCAUCAUUGAAAAAGGGGAUGGAAGCACAUGCUCAGAUUGUCAAAAGAGGGUUCCAGAAUGAAUGGACAAUCGCUAAUUCGCUUAUUUGCAUGUAUGGUCGCUGUGGAAGUCUUAGGCGUUCAGUUGAUGUGUUUAAUGGGAUUAUGAACAAGAAUGUAAUCUCUUGGGCUUCUAUGAUGCAGGUAUGUGCAUGGAAUGGACUUGCUGCCGAAGUUGUUAAGCUUUUUGAGCUGAUGAAGAAAACAGCAGUACAACCAAACCACUACACUUUUACUGCUGUGUUGACUGCCUUUAAAAACACGGGUCUUGUUGAGGAGGGAAUGGGCUUGCUCAAGUGCAUGGAAGAGCAGUAUGGUAUGGAGCCAGAUAUCGAGCAUAUUUCAUGUGUUGUUGAUAUGCUCUGUCGUUCUGGACGCCUGACUGAUGCAUAUCACCUGAUACAGAGUUCUCACUCUGAACACACAAAAAACCCUAUAUUGUGGGGGACAUUGUUAAGUGGUUCCCGUUCAUGGGGGGAUUUGGUGAUUGGGGAAGCAGCAGCUAGGCAUCUCUUGUCCUUGGAUCCAGAAAAUAGAGCUAACUAUAUGAUGCUUGCUGAUAUUUACGUUUCACUUGGGAGAAGGGACGAUGCCGAUGAUGUCCUGAGACUAUUAAUGUCAAGAGAACUAGAGUUGAGACCAGGCUGUAGCUGGACUGAAGGUGGCUAAAGCUUGCAAUACAUUAUAGAAGACUUACAUUUUGUCCUGAAGCAUGGCUGCUUCAGUGCUGGAUCAUCUUUAGGAGGUUGCUGUCCAAAGAUCAUCUCACAGCUCAUGUCUUCACAAUCUGAAUAGUGAUGAUAUAGUUGACAUUACAUACUAUUCCCCGCAGGUACAGGGCUUGUCUGAAGAGAAUGUAACAUAGUUUCCCUUUUUUUUGAUUGGCAACUAGAAAAAGACCUCCUUAAACAUAAGGUUUGCUUUUGUUGGAAUUAUAUAUGGAGCUAUUUUAAUCAGGCUUGGAAGCACUCUUUUGCAUUAUACAUGAGUGGAAGAAGUGAAGAUAAGCCCAAAAACCAUUAGCAGUGCCAUUAAGCUAACAUUCAUUGGCUGCUUCCUGAGCUAAUCACUUGACAGGACAAAAAGGAGUAGGUGCCUAGCAAAUUCUGACUCAAUUUGAUCUUCGAUUAUCUGGAAUGAUGUCAUCAUGUCAUAAGAUAUCAACAUCUUUUGACCUAGAAACUAUGAUUGGUUUAGUUGAAAUAUUCACCAAGAAAGACCCAACAUUCACAACAAGUGCUUCUCGUUAGUGAGAUUUAAUCAUAUUGCUCUGAUUGUUGAAACAUGCUGGCUCUGCACUGGUAAGUGAAUGUGCUUGUACUAUAUUUGACAAGCACUGAAUUGUGGAAUGGUUGGUAUAGACACUACUAUUUCACAACUUGUUUCUGUUAUUUGUAGUUUUCCACUAAGAAUAACAAGUAGAAGCUGGCCCUCUGUCUUUUUGUACAACUUGACUGCAAUUGCUCUAUAACCUGCAAACAUGUUGGCCCCACUUCAAUCUUUUGUGUCCCCAAAAUGGCAACUUGUGGUUCCCAUGCCCAAAAAAGGCAUGGUGCCUCAGUUCAGUGGAUACACAUGGCAAGAUCUUGAGACUUAACAUAAUCAAGUGAACUUCGGUAAUUUUCAUGUAGAAUCUUGAUGCAUUGCUUUCAGUGUUAACAUUCCUCUUCAGAGCUCGUCUGAACAGUUGGACAGAUAUGGACCAUAUUGCAAAGACACUAGCACUACUUGAAGUGGAAAGGUCAUAUUCUAAGUUCACUUGCGUUUUGGCAAUAGUCAGUAUGAUGUUGAGCAAUAGUAUAAUUAGGCUAGCCUCUCAUGGAUGAACUUACUAGGAGACAUGUAGACAGCCGUGCCGAGUGAAUCUUGGAUGAACUUCUCGCAUGGGAUCUUGCAAAGAUUCGUGCACAUCCCAACACAGUUGGUGCUUUCCAGAAAUCUGUCAGAGCAAGAUAGGAAGGAAAUGGUCAGCGAGAACAAUAUCAUUAUCCUGCUCUUCAGCAUUUGUUGGUAUGCCUGCACCAACAUGGGUAAAAUUGGUACCCUGCUUCAGCUACUCUUUUCUGAACUCAAGUAUUACAAGGAGGAAGAUGAACAUCUCAGCAAGAAGAGGAAAGCUGUGUAUGUAUAUACCUCACACGGUCCAACCAGCCAGGGGAAGAAUAUGGUGGUGAAGGCAGCGAAGUACUCCCGGGAGAAUCUCGAAGGUGGCAUCAUCACCUUUAUCUGCCCAACAGAACGCUGUCAUUCCAAGCCAAG